AUGUUUAUUCAUUUUUCAUAUUUUUCCAUAUUUUUCCAUAUUUUUCCGUAUUUUUCCCUAUUGUUCACGGUCAUUGUUGGUGAAGAGUUCCAUGGAUUUCAUGGGGCUCACCGAGGCAAUAGGCUGCUGCGUAGCGCUCUCCAGCACCGCACUGUGGUGGCGCGGGCGGCCAGCGCCACGAAGGCGAACGCAGUCAGGGAGCUGCAGGAUGAGGUGGCGCAGAAGUUUGCCAUGGCCGCGUCGGGGCAUCCCCCGAGCAUCAGUACCGCACAGCUGGUGCAGAUGCUCUUCGAACUGGGGGUAGCCGAUGUGCGGCGUCAGGAAGUUGGAUGCUCGGUGGCCAUUUUGGCCAUUUGGGAUGGAGAUGUCCUGGACGUUCUCAUGCAGCACGGUUUCUACUGUAAGACGCAUCCUCAAAAGCGGGACGUGCCCGCUGUGUGGGAACCGGACUCCUAUGGUCCCAUGGCGCCCCCCACAGUGGGACUUCUGGAGGUGCAGCGCUGGGCGACGCUGUUCUUCAUGCGGCGAAUGCGGCCUGUAUCUCCAGGUCCCAGGGCCAAAGGCAUUGCAAGCCGCUCGGCCGUGCCCUGCGCCGCCGCCUGGUGUCAGUGUCCCAAAGGUGCUGCGGGCACCGACCGCUGUGCAUUGUACAGAUGGCAGACUAAGAUGGUUGAUGGUUGA